UGAUGCCAAACACCACUCUGACCUACGACAUCCAGAGAAUAAACCUGUUUGACAGCUUUGAGGCAUCCAGAAGAGCGUGUGACCAGCUCUCUCUUGGAGUGGCGGCCGUGUUUGGACCCUCUCACAGUUCCUCAGUCAGUGCCGUGCAGUCCAUCUGCAACGCGCUGGAGGUGCCGCACAUCCAGACGCGCUGGAAGCACCCGUCCGUGGACAACAAGGACAGCUUCUACAUCAACCUCUUCCCCGACUACGCCUCCAUCAGCCGAGCCGUGCUGGAGAUCGUGCAGUUCUACAAGUGGAAGCAGGUCACGGUUGUGUACGAGGAUGCCACCGGGUUAAUACGCUUGCAAGAGCUGAUCAAAGCUCCAUCCAGAUACAGCAUAAAGAUCAAGAUCCGUCAGCUACCGCAGAGCACUAAGGACGCGCGGCCACUGCUGAAGGAGAUGAAGAAAGGGAAGGAGUUCUACGUCAUCUUCGACUGCUCCUACCAGUCAUCUGCAUACGUACUCAAACAGCUGCUGUCCAUGGGGAUGAUGACAGAGUACUACCACUUCUUCUUCACGUCUUUGGACCUCUUUGCUCUGGACCUGGAGCCGUAUCGCUACAGCGGGGUGAACAUGACGGGGUUCCGGCUGCUGAACAUAGACAGCCCCACGGUGGCCUCCGUGGUGGAGAGGUGGUCCAUGGAGAGGCUGCAAGCUCCACCCAAACCAGAGACAGGACUGCUGGAUGGCAUGAUGACGACGGAGGCGGCAUUAAUGUAUGAUGCAGUGUACAUGGUAGCGGCCGCGUCUCAGAGGGCGUCCCAGAUCACCGUCAGCUCACUGCAGUGCCACCGCCACAAGCCCUGGCGCUUCGGAUCACGCUUCAUCAACAUGUUCAAAGAGGUGCAAUGGAGCGGCUUGACAGGGCAAAUCAUAAUAAACAAGACUGACGGUUUGAGAAAAGAGUUUGACCUGGAUGUCAUCAGUCUGAAGGAGGAUGGCAUGGAAAGGAUUGGAGUUUGGAACUCCAACACUGGCCUUAAUUUGACAGACAGCAACAAAGACAAGAGCACCAACGUCACAGACUCCAUGGCCAAUCGGACGCUGAUAGUCACAACAAUUCUGGAAAAUCCUUAUGUGAUGCACAAAAAGUCUGACAAGCCGCUGUAUGGCAACGACCGAUUCGAGGGCUACUGUCUGGACCUCUUGAAGGAGUUGUCCAACAUCCUGGGCUUUUCCUAUGAGGUCAAACUCGUGUCCGACGGCAAGUACGGGGCUCAGAACGAUAAAGGGGAAUGGAACGGCAUGGUGCGUGAACUCAUCGAUCAUGUGGCUGACCUGGCCGUGGCUCCACUGACCAUCACCUACGUGCGGGAGAAGGUCAUUGACUUCUCCAAGCCCUUCAUGACCCUGGGCAUCAGCAUCCUCUACCACAAGCCCAAUGGCACCAACCCGGGGGUGUUCUCAUUCCUCAACCCCCUGUCCCCAGACAUCUGGAUGUACGUGCUGCUGGCCUGCCUGGGUGUCAGCUGCGUGCUGUUUGUCAUUGCCAGGUUUACUCCAUAUGAGUGGUACAACCCUCAUCCAUGCAACCCUGACUCUGACGUGGUGGAGAACAACUUCACUCUCAUCAACAGUGUGUGGUUUGGUGUCGGUGCUCUGAUGCAGCAAGGAUCAGAGCUGAUGCCCAAAGCACUCUCCACGAGGAUCGUGGGAGGAAUCUGGUGGUUCUUCACGCUGAUCAUCAUCUCCUCCUACACUGCCAACUUGGCUGCCUUUCUCACCGUGGAGAGGAUGGACUCGCCCAUCGACUCGGCGGACGACCUGGCCAAGCAGACCAAGAUCGAGUACGGCGCUGUGAGAGACGGCUCCACCAUGACUUUCUUCAAGAAAUCCAAGAUCUCCACGUACGAGAAGAUGUGGGCGUUCAUGAGCAGCCGUAAGAACACGGCGCUGGUGAAGAACAAUCGCGAGGGCAUCCAGAGGGUGCUGACCACCGACUAUGCCCUGCUCAUGGAGUCCACCAGCAUCGAGUACAUCAGCCAGAGGAACUGCAACCUCACGCAGAUCGGAGGCCUCAUAGACUCCAAGGGAUACGGAGUGGGGACCCCUAUUGGCUCUCCGUACCGGGACAAGGUAACCAUCGCCAUCCUGCAGCUGCAGGAGGAGGGCAAGCUGCACAUGAUGAAGGAGAAGUGGUGGCGUGGCAACGGUUGCCCGGAGGAGGACAGUAAGGAGGCCAGCGCUCUUGGCGUGGAGAACAUCGGCGGAAUCUUCAUCGUGCUCGCUGCGGGACUCGUGCUGUCUGUCUUUGUGGCCAUCGGCGAGUUCAUCUACAAGUCACGCAAGAACCUCGACAUCGAGGAGGUGAGUGUCGGACAAGCCAUAAUGGAGGAACUUGGUGUGGCUCUGCGGUGUCAAAAGCACCAGUUCAAGGAAAAGGCCAAGGACACGGCUGGAGACCCGAGUUUCCCCCUUUGCCACCUACGCACAGUGUUAAGGAGAAAAACUGUGACAUAGAC